AUGGCUCCAUCAGAAGAAUCCAUUCUGAGUAAUUUCCUCUUGUCCUCGGCUCCCUUGCCAACGGUCAUCUCGUUGCAGCAAUUCACAGAGCUUUUCCCCAAGCGUCUGCGCUCCCAUCCGCAUAUCAAGGUUCUCUAUCGGGAGUUACAAGAGCUCCGAGAACAGGAUAUGAACCAGGUCAAUGGGAACAUCGACACAGAGAGACAGCAAGGCGAGAGGCAAAAGGCCGAGCUUCGAAGAUCCAUCAUGAAAACCGGAGUCGACGGUAUGAGCGAAAAUGAUCGUCGCGAGAUAGACAUGGACGUUCAAUUGUUCGGCAAAUCCUCCUCGUCGUCUUCUGAUGAUUAUCAUUCUGUAUCCAGUCUCUUAGCUGCAAUGGAGACGGCUUGUGAGGGUAUUGAGCGUGAGAUUUCCGAUGUGGAUAAAGAUGCGUCUGAGAUGUUGUCGCGGCUCAAUGCGAAUGUUGGUGAACUGAGCGAUUUACGCUAUGGGAAAAUGCAAGGCCCCCCAGGGACUGCUGAUGAUGCUGUGAAUGAGGCAAUCAAGGGUCUCAAUAAUCUUGAAGAUACUUGCUAUCGCAAUAUUCCUCCUUUUAUUCCCUAUCUCCUCUACAAUACAAUGCCUUCAAUCCCUCUCCACCCCCGAACAAUCAACCCCUCCACCCCCUCCAACGACAAUCCCCUCCCUCAACUCCUCCAAACCCCUUCCGGUCUCGCAAUUCUUGAACUCCAAGGCACAAUCAACGUUCCCUCCCCCGAAGACGACCAAGAAGAGAACACAAUCACAGACGAGAAUGAAUCUAAUAACCCCUCCACCGCCUUCGAGACCCCGAUCGGAAAGCUCAUGUUCCCGGACUACUCGCCGCUAAACCCGGACGACACGAAAUGGAUGAAACGGGUUUAUCUCUAUGUUGGCCGAUAUCAGCGCAUGACAGGCGAGGUGAAGAAGCUGGGACAGCCGAUUGCCCUGGUGCAGCGACGACAGCCGACGGGGGAGGAUGGUGAGGGUGGAGGUGAGGGGGAUGAGUUGGAGAUUGUCGAGGUUGUCAAGUACAAGCUGUUCUUUAAGAAUCGACCGGAGCCUGUGAAUGAUAGCUAA